CAACAACAUCAUUGGAAAUUCAUCAAUGGUGGCUCAAUCCCAAAUGCAUCAAUGCGGAUGGACUCUAUGUAGUGCAACACAACACAGAAAGGCCACAAUUGCCGUUUGGGAUUGAGCCAAAAUGGCUGCAGCGAGAGAGCGUUUAUUCGGUGGCGUUUUCUGUCUGUCGGUCUUUUGCAUUGUUUCGUGGAAGUUUUCAAUCCUAGGUGUAAAUGACGCACUGAGGUUGGCAGGACGGGGAUUAUUAAUGCUCGGGGUGUUGACUUGGAUGAGCUCCUACCUGUACCCCAAGCUGAAAUCCUUCAUCUGUCCAGCCACACAACCAUCAGAAGAAGGUAAUGUUAAAGAUAAUCAGCACAGUGUUAAGUCAGAUGAAUUCCUUGAGGCAGUAGUGAAGCCCCGACAGGAAACAGUGCUCAGGAAAAAAGAGGAAGACUUCUAUCGUAUAACAGGACAGCGCUGGAAACUUAGCCAGGGUUUUACACUAGGAGGGGAAGAACAGACGAUAGCGAACACAGAGGGCGAUGAUGAGACUCCGAGCCAAAGGGCUGCACGCAAUCGAAAGGAGCUCGAGACACAGAAUCCAGCUGCUGUCCAGACACUACAAUCCCCGAAAGAGAAAAAGAUCAUAAUCUUACCUGAUGAACCUUCAGAAGACGCUGAUGGGGUUGUGAAAAUUGCUCUGAGAUGUCCCAGUGGAAGAACAGUCCGGAGAAGGUUUUUGAAAACAUGCAGGUCUACAGUCCUUUUGGACUGGUUGAACAAGUCUGGAUACUCUCCCACUCUUUAUGCCUUGUACACGUCGUACCCCCGGAGCCCGCUGCACACACAAACGGAGCUCAGCCUGGAGGAUGUCGGGAUCAUCACACACACCAUUCUUAAUGUGGAGGAAAAAGACUAUUCAAAUUAACGCCGUCUUAAGGCCUUUGUGAUGGUGGUUGGUAAUUAAAUAGCUGAGAAACCUUGAUGUUUAUUUAUGAUCAAAUAUCCAUAGAAAAUCUGUCCACUUAUAUAAAACAAAUAGAAAAUUCUUUACAGAUUUAUUGAAAUCUUAAGAAUGGGAAAUAUGACUUUAAUAUCCAGUGAUUUUAUACCCUUUAAUGUACUUUUAUAGUUUGCUGGUGAUAUUGUUUGUUUUCUUUAUUUGCUAUACUACAGAUGUUUUAUUCAGAACAUAAAUACGAGACUAUGGAUAAUCAUUUGCAUUUACGUGUUAAAUCAAGUGUCAAAACCACCUGGCAGCAGACUGGUAUCGGGCCACACAGAAACAAAUGAAAAGCUUUUUUUUAUUAUUCAACAUUCAAAACUUUGUAGAUCAACACAUAUUUACCUUUCCAAUCAGAUACAUAUACAGUAACUAGUCGCCAAUGGAGCAAACCAGACAUGGGAUCAUAAGCAGGACAGCUAAACUACUGUCUUUCAUGUCUCCCUCAUGUUGCAGUCUCUCCAUCAUGCGUUCAUAGGAUGCAGCUUCAAUCAUCCAAUCUUUCAGAUCAGAGGUUUUGGGCUGUUUCCAAUUGAUCAUCCUUUUUAUUCAUAUUUUUGACUUUCGUGGUCUGCAUGCUGUUUUAUAAAUAAAUAAAUCAAUUCCA